AUUUUAAGGUUGAGUAGCGCAACUCAAGAUCAAAUUACAUCAGGUCUUGUGAUGAACCUGAUAUCCACUGAUGCACAGAAGUUGGAUGAGGUUGGUAUCGUUGGACGCACUGGUGCUGGCAAAUCCUCACUAAUGGCAGCCAUAUUACGAAUUGCUGAACCUAAAGGUCGUCUUCUUAUAGAUGGGAUAGACGUCACUGAUAUUGGUCUACAUGACUUGCGCAGGAGAAUAUCUGUGAUACCCCAGGAUCCAGUAUUAUUUGGUGGAACUCUACGACACAAUCUUGAUCCAUUUAAUGAGUAUUCUGACAAGGACUUGUGGAAUGCAUUAGACGAGGUCCAGCUUAGAAAUGAUAUCGGUGAACUUUCUGGAGGACUUGACACUGACGUCACUGAAUCCGGUUCAAAUUUUAGCGUUGGCCAGCGGCAACUAAUUUGUUUAGCACGUGCAUUGCUAAGACAUAAUGGAAUUCUAAUAGUAGAUGAAGCAACAGCUCACGUGGAUCAUAARACUGAUGCWUUAAUCCAAGAAACCAUACGUAAGAAAUUUUCCAGUUGUACCGUAUUAACGAUAGCCCAUAGAUUGAACACCAUUAUGGACUCAGACAGGGUGAUGGUUCUUGACAGUGGGAAACUAGUGGAAUUUGACGAGCCAUACAUCUUACUGCUUGAUAAAGAAACAUUGUUCUCGAAGCUUGUAGGCCAAACAGGCAAAACUAAUUCAGUUAGGCUGCUAAACAUGGCCAAAGCAUCAUUUGAGAAACAGCAUCAGCCARMACCAAUGGACCAUGUGCCUGAGCAUCUYAGGUCGAACUUAGCCGCAUUUUUACCUUYAACUGGGUUUUCUGAUAUUCAAAUUGAGUCUACUUUAUGAUAGAGAAUUUAGGUGGUAGCCAUUUAUAAAUUGAAAUUCUCCUGACUUAAAUUUGUCGUGACGGUYUUCUUCGGUCAGACUUAAAAUGGCAUCAAAGACUAUUUUUAAAUAAAUAAGUAUGACUGGAACUUAUUUGUCCAAAGUUAAAAUAAGUUGGAAAAUCUCUGUAAUAAUGAUCAUCACUACAAUCUUUAGUUUAUUCCAAAUUUCGAAUUAUUUA